UCAGUCCAUCUCUGAGCGAGCUUCUUCCCUUUCUAGAGAGAGAGAUGGGGGUUGUGGUAGUGGUGAGAGAGUUCGAGCCUGAUAAAGACCGUGUAGGAGUUGAAGAGGUAGAGAGGAAGUGCGAAGUUGGCCCAAGUGGCAAGAUUUCUAUUUUCACUGACUCUCUAGGUGACCCCAUUUGCAGGGUUCGCCAUUCUCCUGCUUUCCUCAUGUUGGUAGCUGAAAUGGCGGGUAACAGAGCAGAGGAGGAGAGAGAGAUCGUAGGGAUGAUAAGGGGUUGCAUCAAAACCGUUACAUGCGGUAAAAAGUUCUCUAGAAAUGGAAAGAAUCUAAAAACCGUCCCCGUCUUCACUAAGCUCGCCUACAUCUUAGGACUUCGUGUCUCCCCUUCUCACAGGAGAAUGGGAAUUGGGUUGAAGCUGGUGGGUGAAAUGGAGGAAUGGUUCAGAGGGAAAGGGGCGGAGUACUCUUACAUGGCGACUGAUAAGGACAACGAAGCGUCAGUAAAGCUCUUCACUGACAGAUGCGGCUAUGCUAAAUUCCGCACCCCAAGCAUUCUGGUCCAGCCCGUCUUCGCCCACCGAGUCUCCAUCCCCAAACGAGUCAGAAUCUUCCAACUCUCGCCGUUCGACGCCGAGUCCCUCUACCGCCGCCGGUUCUCCACCACCGAGUUUUUCCCGAGAGAUAUCGAUUCCAUUCUCCACAACCAUCUCAGUCUCGGGACCUUCGUCGCUGUCGUUGUGGAUGUCGCCUCCGGCGACCCCAACCACAACCCCAGUUCACCAUGGCCCGGGUCGGAUUGUUUCCUUUCCGACCCGCCUGAGUCGUGGGCAGUGCUCAGCAUCUGGAACAGCAAAGAAGUGUUCACCAUGGAGGUUAAGGGUGCUUCCCGAGUUGUACGCGGACUGGCCAAGACAACCCGGAUUGUUGAUCGGGCUUUACCCUGGCUCCGAAUACCAUCUGUACCGGAGCUAUUCGGGCCAUUCGGGUUCCAUUUCUUGUACGGGUUGGGAGGAGAAGGUCCAGAUGCGGUGAGGCUUACGAAGGCGUUGUGUGGGUUCGCGCACAACGUGGCUAAAGAGAGAGGGUGUGGAGUGGUGGUGGCGGAGGUAUCUAGUAGAGAGCCAAUUAAGUCGGGGAUCCCACACUGGAAGCGAUUGUCGUGCGAUGAAGAUCUUUGGUGUAUGAAGCGGCUCGGUGAUGAUUAUAGUGAUGGGUCAGUUGGCGACUGGACCAAGUCUCCUCCUGGCCGUUCCAUCUUUGUGGAUCCCAGAGAAGUGUAAAAUCUUGGCCGGGCUAACAUAAUUAUCAUAAGCAACUGGAGAAGAUAGACAUGUACCAAUGUACCAUAUUAGCUCUUAUUCCUCUCUCUUUUUUCUUUUCUUUUUUAAAUAUAUGUUUGUUCUUUUUUUUUCAUCUUGUUCCCUUUGCCUUGGGAGGAGGGGGUGUAUAGGGGUUAGAGAGAGAGA